AAUGGAUAUCGAUAAAUACUUAGAAACUCUUAAAAAUGCCAGGUGUUUGAGUGAGAGAGAUGUGCGAUUGGUUUGUGAACAUGCAAAGGAGAUUUUUAUUGAAGAAUCAAAUGUACAUUAAGUGAAAGCUCCAGUAAUAAUUUGUGGAGACAUACAUGGGCAGUUCUUUGAUUUGUUAGAGUUAUUCAAUAAAGGAGGAUAGAUUCCAAAUGCCAACUAUAUAUUUAUUGGCGAUUUUGUUGAUCGUGGGUAUAGUAGGUUUUUGAUUAUAGAUACAAUUCUGUAGAGACAUUCGAGUAUUUGCUUUGUUUAAAACUUAAAUAUCCAGAUAAUAUUACAUUAUUAAGAGGAAAUCAUGAAUCAAGAUAAAUUACUCAAGUUUAUGGUUUCUAUGAUGAAAUAGUGAGAAAAUAUGGGAAUGCAAAUCCUUGGCGAUAUUUUACAGAUGUUUUUGAUUAUCUUCCUUUGGGAGCUCUAGUAGAUGGAAAAGUUUUAUGUGUUCAUGGUGGACUUUCUCCAGAAUUAAGAACAAUUGAUUAAAUCAGAACAAUAGGUAUAAUGAAAUUCUAUAAUAGAUCGUAAAACUGAAAUACCUCAUGAAGGUCCAUUUUGUGAUUUAAUGUGGUCAGAUCCUGAAGAAGUAGAUACAUGGGCACUUAAUACAAGAGGAGCAGGAUGGAUAUUUGGUAAAAAAGUGACACAUGAUUUUAAUCAUAUUAAUGGUUUACAAUUAAUUGCUCGUGCACAUCAAUUAGUUUAAGAUGGAUAUUAAUACUGGUUUGAAGUAAGAUAAUAAUUUAUCAUAGGAAUAACUUGUAACAGUAUGGUCAGCACCAAAUUAUUGUUACAGAUGUGGUAAUGCAGCAUCUAUGCUUUCUCUUGAUGAAAAUUUAAAUAGAGACUUUGUAAUGUUUAAAGAAGUCCCAGAAUCUGCUGCUAGUCAACCACCCAAAAAUGUAUUACCAUAUUUCUUAUGAA